UAUCACCCUCCGUAACCUCUCUCUUUUUUUUUUCCUCCCAUCUCCACUCUACCAAACUGAGCCUAAGACAUCUCCCUCCCACCUCCCCCCUCCCCAUCCGACCACCACCACACGCGCGCGCGCGCGCACACACAAUGACUACAGGCAUGGGUCCGCCACCUCCCAGAAACCCUAACUCUUCCACCAUGUCCAACGAAAUCCCUUCCGCAGAGGUACAAACCAAAACCCUAGACGAACCCUCAACCUCCGAACCAGCGAAGACUCCUAUGGGUCCUCCACCUCCGCAAAACCCUAACACCCCAAAACCUGACCCACUAGAAUCCCUACACGACGCCCAUCAAGAUCAACACCCAAUUUGUCCCGAAAAUGGUUCAGAACCUAUUGUAGAUUCCACUGACAAACACAGCGUCGAGAAUGAAAAAGAGCAACUUCCAAAUGCUGCAGUUCCUUAUACGAUUCCUCCGUGGAGUGAACCACCGUGCCAUCACUAUUUCCUGGAAGUUCUCAAGGACGGGUCCAUCAUUGAUCAAUUUAAUGUGUAUGAGAAGGGGGCUUACAUGUUCGGGCGUAUAGAUCUCUGUGAUUUUGUCCUUGAGCACCCGACUAUCUCUCGAUUUCAUGCUGUUCUGCAGUUUAAGAGAAAUGGAGAUGCUUACCUUUAUGAUCUUGGUAGUACGCAUGGGACUUCUGUAAACAAGAAUCAGGUGAAGAAAAAGGUUUAUGUGGAGUUGCAUGUUGGUGAUGUCCUUCGAUUUGGCCAAUCAUCUCGGUUGUACAUAUUCCAAGGACCAUCUGAGCUGAUGCUACCAGAAAGGGACUUAAAGAGUAUCAGAAAUGCUAAGAUGCGAGAAGAUAUGCAAGAUAUGGAAGCUUCUCUUCUACGAGCUAAGCUGGAAGCAUCUCUCGCCGAUGGCGUCUCAUGGGGCAUGUGCGAGGAUGCUAUUGAAGAAGCUGAGGAUGACGCUGAAGAAAUAACUUGGCAAACCUACAAAGGACAGCUUACAGAGAGGCAGGAAAAAACACGUGAUAAAAUUAUAAAGAGACUCGAGAAGAUUGCUAAUAUGAAGAAAGAAAUAGAUGCUAUUCGUGUUAAAGACAUUUCUCAAGGUGGAUUGACCCAGGGCCAACAAACUCAGAUUGCUCGGAAUGAACAAAGAACAUCACAGAUCAUGGAGGAGCUUGAGAAUUUGGAAGAGACUUUAAAUGAAAGCAUCCGAGAAAGUAUGGGUGCGCGUUCUGGAAGGAUGUCUCGCAAUAAGAAGAAAGGAGCAGCCGAAGAAGAUGAUGAAGAAUAUUUUAGUGAUGAUGAUGACUUCUACGACCGGACAAAGAAGCGGUCUUCUAGUCAAAAGGGUGGUGAAAACCAAUCAGUUGAAACCGCUGAUUCUCUUCUUGAUAAGAAAGAUGCCAUUAGUAAACAAAUGGAAGAGAAGAAAAAGUUACUCCAGGAGGAGGAGGACAGGAUAGCCUCAGAAAAUGAGGCUGUAACUGAAGUGGGAGACACUCUUGAAGCGUACAUGUCUGGGCUAUCAUCUCAAUUAGUGGCUGAUAAAACUAACCAGCUUCAGACGGAAUUGUCCUCUCUACAGUCAGAGCUGGACAGGAUACUGUACUUGUUGAAUAUUGCUGAUCCAACCGGAGAAGCUUCUAGAAACAGGGAAUUAAAAGCACAAGAACCAAAACCUACUCUUUUGGAAAGACCUAAUUUUAGUGCCUUAAAACAACCAUCAUUAGAACAAAAUAGAAAAUGCGGAACAGAAAAAUCAAUAAGUAGCUCUAUCAAAAAAUCAGGAACUACUGAUGCAACUACUGAAUCAAACAAGAAGGCAGUGGUAAAUGAUGUAGCUGAUGCAACAGAAGGUAAAACCACUGUAUAUACCAUCGUUAAGCCCCAAUGGCUUGGAGCUAUAGAGGAAAUGGAAACAAAAGAGACCCAACCAGAAAAAGCCCCAGAAAAUUUGCAUGAGUCUGAGCAGUUUGUUGACUACAAAGAUAGAAACAAGAUUUUGGGAAAUCUAGAUGCUGCAAAAGUGAAUGCGGACUCGGAUAUUGAAAAUGCAGCUCCAGGUUUAAUAAUAAGGAAGCGGAAGCAGGCUGAAAAGUCCGAUGGUGAAGUCAAGGUUUCUGAACAGUUGACAUGUUCAUCCGUGGGAACCGAAAUUAGGGCAGAAGAUGCAGUAGCGCUGUUAUUGAAGCAUAAGAGAGGUUAUCAUACAUCAGAUGAUGAAAUAAGAGAUGAUGGCGGAGCUAUGCCAACUGGGACUCAAUCUAGGAAGGAUAAUAAAAAACCUAAAAAGAAGCUCGGUCCUGAGAGACCUUCAUUUCUUGAUGAUGAAGUGGAUUAUGAAUCUUGGGUGCCUCCUGAAGGACAAUCAGGUGAUGGACGGACCACACUGAAUGAUCGUCUUGGUUAUUAAUUCAUAUGCUCAUGGUGAAUUUGAUGUGGGCUUGUGAACUGAAGGAAGUGCCUCUUCCAGAUGAGGUGAGUCUGGCCCGUGGAUGGUUUUGAAGGAAUUGACGAUGCCUUUGUUUUUGAUAGGCAUAGGAGUCCGUCAAGGCCAGAGCUAUAUUUCGAAGUUGCGCAUUGGAAAGAAUUUCUGAAGGAGUUGCACAUUUGUUAGCUUGCGUACUCUGCAAAUUAUGAUAUGUGACAGAACUUGAAGGCUGUGGUACUGGUGUACAGGGAUGAAAUUGUGGAAGCUGCGAUUUUUCUUUUGCAUUAAGCAAAAAAGGAAAAACGUUUCAAUAAAAUAGGUCAGUUGUUUGUACCCUAAUGAUCCUAGGAAAGAGUGAAAAGGUUGUGUGUUAUGCUAUAUGUGAUUUCAUAUAUGUCUGAAUAUUUCGUAUCAAAUGAUGACAACCUGGAAAAAUACACAAGUCCUCGUUCCAGUUGGGUUUAA